AUGUUGGGUGGAAAAGACUUCGAUGAAAUGACUUCUUUCCUGGGCGUCUAUGGCUUCUCUCAAAUUCUAAUAAUUGUCCUGCUCACUUUAAGCGCAGUUGUUUGCGGAUACACGGGAAUGAUCGUGGUUUUCGUCUCGGAUACACCCGAGCACCACUGCAAAGUAUCGAUCAACUCCACGCGCACAGAUGUGGAGGUUCCCUUCCACGAGCUGAGCAAGUGGAUCGGACCCAACAGUUGUUCCCGGUACAAACUGAACCCAAACUGGACGGAGACAGCGAGACCAAGCAAUGACACGGAGCAAUGUCUGGAUGGAUGGGUCUUUAGCACUGAGAGAUACAGCGCCACUAUUGUGUCUGAGUGGGAUCUGGUGUGUGACAAUGCAUGGAAGGUCCCUUUUUCCUCCUCCAUGUACUUUGUAGGAGUCCUGAUUGGAUGCAUUAUGAGUGGUCAACUCUCAGAUCGGUUUGGCAGGAGGCCGGCGUUUUUCUUCACCAUGGCCUUACUAACAGUCACUCCCUUGGUCCAGGCCUCCUCCGUCAAUUGGGUCAUGUUCUGUAUCAUCAACGCUCUGAGAGGACUUGGCUUCUCUAAUUAUGUUGGGUCAAUCGUACUGGGGUCUGAGAUGCUGAGCCAGCCUGCCAGGAUGAACUUCGCUCUGCUGGGUCACAGUCUAGGUUUUGGGGUUGGAUAUGCCUUGUUGCCGCUGGUUGCCUACUUCAUACGAGGCUGGAGAAUGCUGCUGGUUGCCUCUGCCAUCCCCGGCUUCCUAUUUAUUCCAACUUGGUGGGUGAUUCCUGAGUCUCCCCGUUGGCUUCUGCAGAAAGGACGUGUGGAGGAGGCUGAGCUCGUCAUACGCGUUGCUGCCAAAAGGAACAGAGUCCCUGCUCCUGAGGUCAUAUUCAGGGCUGAUGAGUACUUGGAGCUAAUGCAGCAGACAUACACUUAUCUGGACCUGAUACGCACCCCUAACAUAAGGAAUAUUACAAUUCUGAGUGUUUUAAUAUGGAUGUCCACUGCCAUGGUCUACAAUGGUCUUUCUCUCAAUACUAGUAACAUGAAUGGAGAUGUCUACCUCAACUGCUUCAUUUCAGCAGCCAUUGACAUUGUGGUGUAUGGAGCCAAUUGGUUGCUGGUUGACCAUGUGCCAAGACCUGUGAUCAUCUUCUCCAGUCUGACGUUCAGUGGCAUCCUGCUUCUGACUAUCAAGCUGGUGCCUGAUGACAUGCAUGUCAUGCUCCAGGUGUUAGCCUUGAUGGGAAAGAUUGGUGUGUCUGCUACUUAUGGCUUGGUCUUUCUGUUUUUCACUGAGCUGAUCCCCACUGUGGUCAGGAGCAUGGGCUUUGGGAUCGCCUCCACAGCUGCACACGUAGGCACCAUCAUUUGUCCCUAUGUGAUCUACAUGGGUGUAUACAGCAAGAUCUUGCCAUACAUUGUUUUUGGCACAAUCAGCAUCAUGGCUGCUGCUGUUACCAUGUUGCUGCCAGACACCAGAAACAGCAAACUUCCUGAACUCAUCAGACAGGCCAAACCCAUCAGAGGAUGCUGCCAUAGGACACAGCCACAGCCCCCAGGAGAAGAGCCGGACUUUGAAGCAAAUGUUACAUAG